AUGGGACCAAAACGUGUAAACGAACCAAAAAAAUAUGUGUCCAAGGGCAAAGAACGAGUGGAUCGUGAACAACAAACGAAAAAUCAAUUUGAUCCUCUUUAUUUAGAAGUCAAAAAUCUUGAAACAGCGAUAUUAUUAUUACAAUGUGAAGAGAAACCUGUUUUGUUGGCUGCUGCGGCAGCUUUGUCAAAAUUUGGCAGCAAAUCUCAGGAAAAUUUAGAAGUUUUAUUCGAUCUCGAAAUUGUGAAUAAUAUAAUUCCAUUGAUUAAACACGAGGAUUUAUUUACUCGAAGAUUUGCUGCAAAAUUGUUAGCUGAAAUGAUAUCUAUUCCUAAUGUUCGUAACUUCAUCUUGGAAUCAUCAGAAUAUUAUAUUCCAUAUUUUAUCAAGGUUGUGAUUCAUGAAAACGAUAUCUUCCUGCACGAAUUUUCAUUGUUAAUUCUAGCAGAAAUAACUAAAGAUAUAUUUGGAGUAGCACAAUUGUUAAAACAAAGUUCAGAUGUAGACUUCCUGUUCGAAAAACUUUACUCACCGGAUCCUGACGUGAAGAAGAACACAUUGCAAAUUAUAUAUAAUCUUUUGCAAGACCCUUUAGGCGCAGAGAAAAUCAUUGAGACUAAGGAUUUUAAUUUGGAACAAGUCUAUGAGCUUUUUAACUCGCCUUACAGUGAAAUCCAAACGCUCGCACUUGACGUAGUAACCGAUCUAGUACGGAGAAAUCAGGAUGAGCAGUUGCAAGAACACUUUCGACGUACUAAGGGUCUUGAGGCUUUAUUGAAAUUUUUGGAUGUAAAAAUUUUGGAUAAAAAAAAUAUUCUUACAACAGAGAAGAGAAUUUUCCUAUUAAUAUUAUUUAUAAUGCUGCACAUGUACGGUAUCAUUGAUUAUUUGUUACACACGUUAUUUGGUAACGUGCAAGAAAUGUACGAAACCAGUUGUCACGGUAUCGGUAUGAUGACUCUAUACAGUCAAGCAGCUAAAGAUUUAACUACAAGCAAUUGCAUGAGAAACAUUCUAGAUGUGCUGAAAAAUGACAAUUUAAACUGGUCUGCUAGACAAGCAGCUUUAUUUGCUUUAAAUCAAUUAAUGAAAUGUGAUAUAAAGAAUUGUGAAGAGUUCUUAACUAUUCAAGGACAGAAUUAUUUGUUGUGGCUGAUGAAACAAACAAUAGGAAAAGUUCCAGUUGAAAUUUUAGUCGAUACUGUAGAUUGCCUUAUUUCAAUAGCAAGGAAUCAAGAAUUGAGAGAUAUUAUUAUUAACACGGAUAUCAUUGAGGCUAUGUGUGCAUCUUUCGAAAUUCUUGAAUUAGUGAGGCUUAAAAAAAAAAAAAAUUAUCUUAUGACGAAUAAUACACGCAAUAGUAUUAUUUACGAAAAUAAUAAUAAACGAUGUAGCAUGUUGAAUAACCGAAGUACCGCGCGAAUCGUUCCUUCUUGGGACACUUGCAUAGAAGCCUUAUUUGAUUCACAUCUGCCGAUCAAGUUCGCUUUUACUGGACGACUUUCAUUGCACGAUAUCACUCAAGAUGGUUUUUACGUGCUUCGAAGAAACGUUUGCACAUUUCCUAUAUUGGAUGAUAUCCUUCGAUUCAAAUUCUGUCCUCUGGAACCUAUCUAUGUAGUUAAUUGCAGUGAACCAGAAGAUUGUAAUCAAUUGAAUUUUGAAGAAUCGAAAGAAAUGAUUAAUCGUGGCGUUUUCUUGUCGACCGAAAUAGAAAAGUUAACAUUGGAUACCAAGUUUGGUACUCUUCAACGUGAUACUUGUCUCUAUAAUUAUGUAGAAUUAUUUAAAUGCAAAUUAAUCGCUAAUGAAUCGAGAAACGUAGUGUCAAAAACGACAAAAGGAUUCAUAAAUAUCAAUUAUGUAGUGUCCCGUGCUCAAAUGUUAGCUAAAUUUGUUUCUCAACAAAUGUCAGGACCAGAUCCUCUUAUCACAUGCGUGGAUCACCAAUUAGAGAUUCAUUUGAAAGAGAUCAAAGAUACCAUAGAAACCAGCGUGAUACCAUUGGGAAUGUUACGAGUCGGUUCUUAUUUCGAAAGAGCAUUGCUUUUCAAAGUGAUCGCCGAUAGAAUACAUUUACCUGCUGCCUUGGUGCGAGGAGAGUAUGGUAAAGCUUGGAUCGAAAUUGCUGUACCGCAGGUGAGAGUUCCAGUGGAAGAAAGUAAAUUCCAUGCUUAUAUAGACAGAGAUACGACCUGUCCAGAAAUUGUUACGAUUUAUCAACCUCUGCAACAAUAUCAACAUAAAUACAUUGAUUCGAAUCUAAUCUUCGAGGAUCGCGCUUCAUCAAUUUUUCCAACAAAGCUGCUGAAACCGAACUUCAUUGUCGAUCUGAUGGAUUGCCCUGGAGACUUGAUUCCAAUUGACAGUCAACGAGCAAGAAAAUACCGCGAAAAAAAAUUAAUCUGCGAUAUCACAUGUUAAAUCUCAAAAUUUAUUUCAUCGAUAUUUUUGGUGUAACUUUACUUCCAUUUGCACUCUCACUUUCUUUGGAUUCUGUUAA